CACUUCCAGAGCAUGCAUGUGUAUUUUUGGAUGUUAACCCCUUUGCUUGGUUUGUCUUUGCAGGGAUAAAGAGUUUGGUGUCCAAACAGAAAGCACCAGUUACUCAUAGCCACAAGCAGGGCUUAGAAUACAUCUCGCCAUUAUUCUCCACCGUACAAGAAACAUCUCAAGCGAUCCAAGUAGAACUCCAAGGGCAGAUUCCCAAAUGGUUGAAAGGAAAGCUAUUGAGGAACGGGCCAGGAAAGUUUGAGUUCGGACCAGAUAAGUACAACCACUGGUUUGAUGGCAUGGCACUCCUGCAUAAGUUUGAAAUUGAGGGUGGGGUGGUGAAAUACAGCAGCAGGUUUCUCCGGAGUGAUUGUUACCUGACCAAUAGCAAGAACAACCGCAUCAUGAUCACUGAAUUUGGCACCUUGGCCAUACCAGAUCCUUGCAAGAACAUUUUUGAGCGCUUCAUGUCAAAGUUUGACUUGUCAAAAAAUACAGACAACUGCGUUGUGAAUUUUGUGGUCAUCAAAGGUGACUAUUUUGUCAGCACAGAGACCAGUCAAAUGCACAAAGUGGAUCUAGACACACUUGAAUCAAAGGAGAAGGUGAACUGGAGAAAAUACGUUGCGGUGAAUGGAGCCACAGCUCACCCCCACUAUGAUCCAGAUGGAACAGUCUACAACAUGGGCAACUCUUACGGGAAACAUGGCUCCAACUAUAACAUCAUCCGUGUUCCUCCCCAGACGUCUCAGCCGAGUGACUCCAGCCUGCAGGGCGCAGAGGUGUUGUGCACCAUUCAGCCAGAGAACAGAAUGAAGCCAGCCUAUUAUCACAGUUUUGGAAUGAGUGAAAACUACGUGAUUUUUAUUGAGCAGCCCGUCCAAAUAAAGUUAUGGGAAGUCAUGACAGCCCGUUUUUCUGGGAAAUGCUUUCUGGAUGCACUGACUUGGGAGCCUCAGCUAAACACUCGCUUUUACGUCGUGAACAAGCACACGGGGCAGACCUUACCUGUGCAGUACCAUAGCAAGGCCUUCUGCUACUUCCAUCAAAUCAACGCCUUUGAGGACCAGGGGUGCAUUGUCCUGGAUCUCUGCUGUUUCGAUGAUGGGAACGUUUUUGACAUCUUCCGACUGCAGAACCUCCACAAGGCUGGAGAAGCCCUUGACCAGACCUAUAACCUGUUCCCAAAGCCAUUUCCACGACGCUUUGUUCUCCCCAUCACGGUGAGCUCCAAGGCGUCUGUGGGGCAGAACCUUAACCCUUUGUCCUACACAUUGGCAGAAGCCGUGAAGGAGGCGGAUGGGAAGAUCUGGUGCACACCUGAAAGUCUGCACAACGAGGACCUCAAAGAAGCCGGAGGGCUGGAAUUCCCUCAGAUCAAUUAUGCACAUUACUCUGGGAAAAAAUAUCGUUAUUUCUAUGGCUGCGGCUUCGGUCAUGUCAUUGGAGACUGCUUGAUCAAGGUUGAUACAGAAACCAAGGAGAUGAAGAUUUGGCGCGAGAAAGGGAUGUAUCCUUCUGAGCCGAUAUUUGUGCCGGAACCGGAUUCUUCAGGGACAGAAGACAAGGGAGUGAUCCUCUCGGUGGUGCUCACCCCCAAGCAGAACGAAGGCAGCUUCCUUCUUGUUCUGGAUGCACAGAAUUUCACCGAACUGGGCCGCACUAAAAUCCCUGUCCAGAUCCCCUACGGCUUCCAUGGUGGCUUUGUCCCCAACAAAAAUGCCCCCUGCUGAGACAGCAGAGAUUCGGGGACGUGCCCCGUGAUAUCCAAAAUGCUGUGGACAAAUUUCUUCUUCUAGAUGUGCCUUAAUUUCCUAGGCUACCCAAUUGGGCUCUGCUUUGAUGGACAGAGAAAUAGCCGUUUUUCUCACCUAAGUCAAGUUUUCGAAUGCAAAGCAAGACUUCAUGAUGUGAUGCCUAUUGAUCAGUAGGAAGUGAUAAUAAAUUAAUCAGAAUAGAGCUGGAAGGGACCUUGGAGGUCAUCUAUCCAGUCCAACCCCUGCUCAAGAAGGAGACCCUAUAUAAUUUCAUACAAGUGG